CAUUCAGGGCCCGACACUUGGUGGGUGCACUACCCUUCAGCCUCGGGCAGCAUGCAAUCCCCGGUUGACAUCAUCACGGAGGAAACCUGGCAGGCCAGCAGAGAGAACAGCAACUUCGAACCUCUAGAAAUUGACUACAGCUCCAUGGGUGGUGGCUCAAACGUAACGGGUGGCCCGUACCGCCACUACAACUUUUUACUGGAGCAGAUCCACAUGCACUGGGGGGAGUCCGAUAAAAAUGGGUCCGAACAUUAUGUCAACGGGAAGGGAUACUCGGCGGAGUUGCAUUUCGUACACUGGAAUGAAGAUUUGUACUCAAGCUAUGAAGAAGCAGCGCGAAAUGAUGACGGUAUUCUGGUAUUGGCUGUAUUCGUUCAAUUCAUACAAAAACAUAAAAACACUAAAACCCACACAGACAAACACACACAAACACACACAAACUCACAACCAGAGGACACGAGCAAGUUCUGGACAUAUCAGGGCUCACUGACCACUCCUCCGUGCUAUGAAAGUGUGACCUGGGUCAUCUUUGAAAACUGCAUCUACACAAGCAGUGCUGUGUUGAAGAAGUACAGAGAGUUGAAAUAUUACGCGGAGAAUGAGACAAGACCGGACGAUGAAUUCGAUGGUCAGCUAAAGACGAACAACAGGCCUGUCCAGCCAAUCGGAGUCAGGAAGGUUCGUCAAAUCAAUAGUCAAUUGAUUGACUGA